GCCGCGCCGGGCCGGCCGGCCGUUCGCCUCCCCGCGGCGCCGGUGGCGGAGGGUCCCGGGUAGGUAGGGACGAAAGAUGAACCGGUACCUGCCCGUGGCCCGGCAGCACUUCCUGGCCGCGCUGGCCAGCACCAGCGUGGUGGUGAAGGCCAUCUGCGCCGCCGUGGUGCUGCUCUACGUGCUCUCCUUUGCCGUGGACACGGUGUACGGCCUGGGCGUGACGCCCGGCUUCCUCUUCCCCCCCAACUUCUGGAUCUGGACGUUGGUGACGCACAGCCUGGCGGAGAAGCACGCGUGGGACGUGGCGGUGAGCCUGGCCACCGUGGUGGUGGCCGGCAGGUUGCUGGAGCCCCUCUGGGGCGCCCUGGAGCUGCUCAUCUUCUUUGCGGUGGUGAACAUCUCCGUGGGGCUCCUGGGAGCCUUCGCCUACUUCCUCACCUACGCGGCGUCGUUCCAUCUCUCAUACUUGUUUGAUGUCCGCAUCCAUGGCAUGUUGGGCUUCCUCGGUGGAGUCUUGGUGGCCCUCAAGCAGACCAUGGGUGACAGCACUGUCCUGAAGGUGCCCCAAGUGAGAAUGAAAGUUGUCCCCAUGCUCUUGCUCCUUCUCCUGGCUGUUCUGCGGCUCACCACCCUCAUCGAGAGCAAUGUACUGGCCUCUUACGGCUUCGGGGUCCUCUCCAGCUGGGUCUAUCUCCGUUUUUACCAGCGGCACAGUAGAGGCCGUGGAGAUAUGUCAGACCACUUCGCCUUUGCCACUUUCUUCCCAGAGCUCCUGCAGCCAGUGGUGGGUCUGGUGGCCAAUUUGGUGCACAGCAUCUUGGUGAAGGUAAAAGUCUGCCGGAAAACAGUGAAACGCUACGAUGUGGGUGCCCCCUCGUCCAUCACCAUCAGUCUGCCAGGAACGGAUCCUCAGGAUGCUGAGAGGAGAAGGCAGCUGGCCCUGAAGGCCCUGAAUGAGCGACUGAAGCGUGUGGAGGACCAGGCGGCAUGGCCCAGCAUGGAGGAUGAGGAGGAGGAAGCAGGGAAGGCAGAGAGCCCGCUGCUCCCCAACGCCAGCGCGGCAGGGAAAGGAACCAGCCAGGAGUCCAGCCUAAUCACUUUUGAGGAUGCCCCAUCCCAGCUGUGACCUGCGAACACACCGCCUCCCUUCCUCCCCCGCCUGUGUCGGAGAGCUGCUAACUACCCUCGUGUCUUCUCACAGCACUGUCUGCUCCCCGGGACGCUGCCUGCGGGCAGCAGGACUCCUCCCGCGGCAGAGGCAGGGGGCUACCUCGUUCCAACGCUUCCUCGCCCCGCGCGGCUAGCACCGGGCGGCAGCCGGCCGCCGGCCGAAGAAGCCGGCCGCCGCCGCCUCGGAGAGGACCUCGCUGCCUCCCUUUCUGAGGACGGGGCUUUCUCGAGGCCGCUCCCCGCAGUUCAGGCCCACGCACCACGGCAGCCACGCAGAGGUGGAUGUCUCUGCAGGCGGCGGGGGCUUUCUUUCCGGGAGGGAGACACUGGGCCGAUCCAGCCUCAGAUUUGUCCGGUGCUCAACAGAUAGGCUCCCUUUUCUGAGGCCUCCGCGCUUGACAAAGUAACCUUGCGGCGCCCACAGGAGCAAAAUCAGCAAGUGAGAGAGCACUUUCUUGCUUCUUUUUUCGUAAUGGUGGUUGUCCAGAGCACCCAAAACUUCUUUCUCUCCUUUCUGAAGUUUCUUUUCUUCCUGAUCUGAGGAACGGGAGGGCUUGUGGGUUUCUUUUCCAAAUCCCUGUCCUGUACUGACCCUCCCCUGUGCUCUGGCAGGAGCUUGCCGUGAUCACUCCUGGGUUAGAGGUUUGCCAGGCCGGAGGUUGAGAAGCCUGUUGAGAAGGAAGGUAAAAUUGCUGAGCACCUCCUGCUGCCGCAGUGGUCUGGCGAGAGCUCCCGCUCGGGGCCAGGGCUGUCUGCUCUCAGCUUUGCAGUUAGUGCAUGGAACAGGAAUCAACCCCAGACUUUUCCUAGAGGUCUGAGAGGGGCUUCAUUUUGUGGUGUUGGUUUUCUUUUCUCCUUCCUCUUCCAUUGCAGUGAUUUAUAUCCCUGGAAGCCAACCCCUCUGGAAGGAGCCAGUGCCCUCAGCUGCUGCUCGACUAAUCCGUUUGUCAGAUUAUACUAGAAGCUGGAAUUAGUUUUUACAGUGGGGCGCUCGCUGCCUCCCCUGGCACCAGGUUUUAUUUCCUGCGGGUAGAAUAUGGGCUCCCCCUUCUGUUUUCCUUCCUCUGUGUUGAUGGACUUUCCCUGAUGGAGGGGAGGCUCCCUGGAAGAGCUUCCCUGAAGAGCCAGCCCAGCCAGCUGUGCCAGCUCCUGAUCCCCUGGGCAGUUCCCAGUCUGGGAUGUGGGUCGAUGGUGUCAUGAUUUUUUUUUUUUUUAAGGACCACACAAGAAGGUUUUGUCAACCAGGAAAAACACAGAAGUUUCAAUAUCAAUAAAUUUCUUUCAAAGAGA